UUUUCAUUUAUCCGUGCCCUGACUCGAACUUUCAUACCUAGUCGUCGAGCCUUGCGAGGCAUCGCCGUAUCCAUACUGGCAAAAGGCCCUACCGCUGCCCCUAUGCGGACUGCGACAAGAGGUACGUUGACACCGCCCCAUGUUGGCUUUGCCUUUCUAAUAGCCCCUCAAAAGCUUCUGUCGAAAGACAACCCUGACCAAACACGCCCGUACUCACGAAGCGGCUGCGUCGACCGAAAUGUCGGACGGCGAGGUUUCCGAAUCAACUGAAUCGCUACCGACGCCCCAAUCAUCUCCCGAACCCUCGACGCUUGAAAGUAGAACUAUGCGUCAUGCUCAAACGCGGCCUUCUUUUGGACGAUCUAAUUCGGCAAACUUUGUCUCUCAGUCGACGCAUCUCCCGGCAGGAAUGGGCUCUGGAGCUUUCAGCCUUCCCGCACAUUUGGCACCAGCGCAAGACAACACCCGCCUUAUCCCGCCGGGCUAUUCCCAAAUUCCCCAGUCACCUCUCUAUGAGCAGCAAGGCUCAGUCGGUCGAGAAUUUCAGCAUCCUCCCCAGCAUCAGUAUGCGGCUGCUGGCUCAGAGUUGGAAGUGCCAAUGCAUGCGACGCCGCAUCAUCUCCUUGCUGCCGCCCAGGUCCUACGAGCGUCAUCAGAGCAUGGGCCGGAUCUCUCUCAGAGCCCGGCCAACGGCGCCCAUAUGGUGCAAAGCAGCCCCGGUGCUCUGUCUUCGGGAUCGUCUGCGACCAGUGAACAAGUGCAUCCCCACGGCAUGUACUACGUUCAUGUUCAGAAUAAUAUGCCCGAAGUCAAUUAUUAUGUGCAAGAUGCAAAUAUGCCACCCCACUAUCAUGGAAUUCAGGCGCCCUCGAAUUUGAUUCAAUCGCGCCCCCAACAAACUGGGCCGCAAAUGAGCAUUCCCCCACCCCAAGACUAUGGCGUCCAGCAGCACCAGCAACCGCAAAUGUGGUAUGACACCAUGCCUUAUCACCCGCCCAUGGCAGUUGCUCCUGGCUUGCCUCCCACAGCGCAACCACGCUCAAUCCUCAGCACUCGAAACAAUUCAGAAUGGUGGAUCAAAGAAGAGGAGGACGACUCGAUCCCGCUGCCAAGCAAGCGAGCUUCGAUUUUCUAGGCUUUCUCCGCAUAUUGUCCAUCGGAAAACGAAUGGCCUUUUGGAACCAAUUUUCCGGCCAAUCCGGCUCAGCUCUUCUGCCUUGACAUUUGACGAUUCUUCUUGGCACUCUGCAUGCAUACACUUUAAUGAUUUCUUGUCCUU